AUGUCCGCUGCGCAUGCGGGAGUCUUGGGAAAGUGGCUCGCGCGUGGUCCCCACGUGUUCUUGAGAGGUCAGAAGGUUUCCGUCAAAGAGCGCUCCUUUAGCGGAUGGUUGGGGGAAGGUCAGCGGGGGACGGCAACGCGCGCGGAAAGGGGAGGCGGAGUCAGCCAGCGGAGCGACAGAGGCGGCAAGCGCGGCAAGCCCAAGGAAAAUGCAUCCCGCGGCGGAGGCGGAGGCCGCCAAGAUGGGGCCGGCAGACGGGGAAGCGCGAGCAGCGAGAGGGGGGGGAAACGCGGCGGCAGGGGGAGAAUGGACAGUAGCGCGGGCACCUGGGGGGAAUUGGGGAAGCGGGAAGAGUGGGGGGAAGGAAAGGCGCAGGUGGGGGGCAGGGAUGCGGAAGCUGUCGGUCGAGAAAGCGCGCGGGUUAUGCAUUCGCAAGGGGACGGCGGACAUGCGAGGGGCCUAGAAGGUGGAGCAGAGGGGGAUGGAGAGAUGGGGGGGGAGAAAGUGAGGGGAGAGGCGAGAGAGCAUGGGGAUGAGUGGCGGAGGGAGGGCGUGGAGGGGCGGAGCGGGAGGGGCGGCAGGGGAAACAUUAUUGACGAGGUUGCUGCAGCAAUGGAAAAACGUGAGGUGAAAGGGACUCACGUGGGGAUAAUUCAGUCAGGGGGUCUGCGGCGCGGGCGCGCAGCCCUGUUCGCCUCCGCGAGCCCCGCGCCGCUGGUGUUCUCAGGCGCUGUGGACUGCGUGCUGGGGCGGCCCCCGCCCAAAGCAGGCGACCUCGUUGUGCUCGCCGCGCGCAGGGGGGAGCAGGCGCGCGCAGGGGCGAAGGGGGAAGGGGGGAUAGGCGGGGGAGGAGAAGAGGAGGGGGAGGGAGAGGGAGGGGCGUCGGGGGAGUGGUCACGGGGAGUGGCGGUGGCGUGGGGGGUGUUCAACCCCACGUCCAUGUACCGCGUGCGCAUCAUGCAGACCCUCUCAGAUGCGCACAGGUAUCCCAAGGCUGUCUUGUGCAUGCCAUCUCUGCUGCGCCUGCGCCUAGCCUCCUCACUCAACCUGCGCCUGCUGCUCGGCCUCUCUCCCCUGCCAUGCGCCGCCGCCGGUGGGUGGGUGUCACAAGAUGGAGGAGGGGAUUUGGGGAUGGAUGGCGCGGACAGCACAGAAAGGAGCACACGAGGGGGCGUGGCAGGGGCCACAGUAGAGGCCACAGGAGGGGGCACGAAUGCGUUCCGGCUCGUAAACAGUGAAGGGGACAGGUUGUCGGGGCUGAUAGUGGACGUGUACGGGGAGCGCAUGGUGGUGGCGUCGUCUGCAGCAUGGGUGGAGGUCCACCGCGCUGCCAUUGUGCACGCACUCUCCCACCUGCUGCCCGCUGCACAUGCAAGCACACAGGGAUGCGUGGAGGGGGUUGGUGAUGGGGGUGUGGGGAGGGAAGGGCAAGGGGGCAGUGGAUUGGAGGGGCAUGAGAGGAUUGUUUGGAGGCGGUCUGUUGAGAUGCUGAAAGAGGAAGGGGUGGUGGUGGACGGGGGAGAGGGGGAAGGGAGGAGAGACAACAGUGGGGAGAAGCCGGCAGAUGGGGAGGCAUUUGGAGGUUCGGAAAGCGCGGCGGUUGAGGAUGGGGAUGGGAUGCUUGAUGGCAUUGACAGCAGCCAUGAAGGAAAGGUGGAGAGAGUGGCAACGGUUGCAGUGGAUUCUGGCCACCAAGAAGUGGCAACAGUAGCAAGUGGCUUACCAGCACAGUCACCACUCUUAAAAGCCGCAUUUGAGGCCCCCUCUGAUGACGACAGGGUGAAGGUGAUGGAGAACGGAGUGGGGUUCUGGGUGGCCAUGGCGAGCGGGCAGAAGACAGGGUUCUACUCGGACCAGAGGGACAGCCGCCUGUUCCUGCGCUCCCUCGUUGCCUCCUCACUCCACGGCCGUGGAAGCAGUGCGGUACACAAUGGCCUCACCCCCACUGAUGCCACUUGCAAUGGCGAUCGUGGCACCGGUAGCCAAAAUGCAACUGACGGCCAAUCAGCAACAUCAACAUCUUUGUCACCAGCAGCAGCUGUGGAUACCGGGAGGGCAUUCCCGCCCUCGCCUCUGUCCGCCCACCGCCCUCUCUCCCGAGUGCUUGACCUCUGCUGCUAUAGCGGCGGCUUUGCCAUCAAUGCUGCUCUUGCCGGCGCUUCUGACGUCACAGCCGUGGAUUCCUCCCCCUCGGCACUCUCCCUGGCAGCAGCCAACGUGGUCCUCAACGGGCUACAGCCCUCCGCCGUGCGCUUUGAGCGUGCAGACAUCAGUGCGUUCAUGCAGCGGGCGGUGGCGCAGCAGCAGCAGUGGGACCUCGUUGUGUUGGACCCACCCAAGCUCGCUCCCACUCGGAAGUCCCUCCCCCGGGCGUUGCACCGGUACCGGCGCCUCAACAGCCUGGCGCUGCGCCUGGUGGCGCCUGGCGGGCUGCUCAUGACGUGCUCGUGCUCCGGUGCUGUGUCACAGCAGCACCUGCUGCCAGGCAUCCUCAGGGAAGCGGCAGCAUCAGCGGGGCGGCAAGUGACAGUGGUACGGGAGGCGGGUGCCGCCCCAUGCCACCCCAUCGAUCCCGCAUGCCCUGAAAGCACCUACCUCACCAACCUCCUUGCCUUUGUGCACUGA